ACUGUCUCCAGAUCAGAUUCAAGCAACGGCCUUUAUGGAACUGCCUACACGUGCGCUACGAUAUUAAAUUGUCUGUGCUUUCAAAGGACGCGGCCCGCGCCUGUAAUUGAAGACAGUGGCUACCACCGAGGUCUCUCCGAGCCUCAUAUUCACAAACGCGGAUAUAAAGUUGUCUAUCAGUCCACUUCUCCCUCGCAACCAACUUUUCAGCUCAAUUCUACAUUUACCUUUCGGUAGGGCACAAUGGUCUCCUUCAAGCUCCUCUCCCUCGCGACUUUCGCCGCCGCCGUUUCGGCACAGAACGCAACCCUGCGCUACAUGCCCUUUGGCGACUCCAUCACGGAGAUCAUCUGCUGGCGCGCUCUACUUUGGGAGAGGCUCCAAACCACCGAGUGGGCGAGCGUCAACUGGGUCGGCUCCGGCAAGACCGAGAACAACUGCGGCGACAACAAGUAUGACCGCGACAACGAAGGCCACUCGGGCUUCCUGGCCAUCAACAUCGCGAACCAGAACCAGCUCGAUGGCUGGCUCAAGACCAACCCCGCCGAUGUAAUCACCAUGCAUCUCGGAACCAACGACAUCGUGCAGCAGAACAAGGCGGUAACCGAUAUCAUCGCGGCGUUCACAAAGCUGGUGAAUACUAUGAGGACGCAUAACCCCAAGAUGAAGAUUGUGGUCGCCCAAAUCAUCCCCAUGGGCAUGGGCAGCUACAACACCAAGAUCCAGGACCUCAACAAAGCCAUUCCGACCUGGGCAGCGGGCAUGAACUCGACGGACUCGCCUAUCUGGAUCGUCGACCAGUACACCGGUUUCUCUGGCUCGUCGGACUUGAGGGACGGCGUGCACCCGAAUGCCAGCGGAGAUAAGAAGAUGGCUGAUAAAUGGUAUCCGGCGCUCAUUACGGCUCUAACUGCCGCGAAGGCGGAGAAGCUCAAGACGAGGGAGGUUGAGUUCGUUGCUUAGAUGCAGAUAAGAGGCGCGCUUCGUUGGUGGUGGGCAUAGAGAGAGUGCAUGGAGGGCGGAAGACUUCUAUUGUAUAUAUUUGAAGUGCUGUGGACUGGGUAUAUAUG